AUGCCGUUCUCCUUCGCCGACAUCUGCACGCUCUUUGCGCGUCUAGAGUGUAUCGAGCAGCAUGAUCCUCCGCUCCUCCCAGGUCCCAAAAAGUCUCAGGCUCACGAGACAACAGCAGCAUGGUUCCGUUCUCACCGUCGGGCGAUUCGCAAUCUCAGUACUUCAAGUGCGACGGCUUUACUCUCUGCACUUUUGCCAGAAUGGCGAACAGAUCGAGUGUACAACUUGCAAAGCAUUCGUCUGGCGCGUCGAGUCGCGCGCGCUCUGAGACUAGGCUCGGAUCGGCUGAGGAUGCUAGAGGCGUAUAGGGUUCCAGGGAGAGGUGAUCUCGGAGAGUGUCUAGAGCGUACAAUGCACGCCGGAGGGCCUUCGGCGAGACCAGGCGUGGAGUUGGAGGAAGUUGAUUCAUUUCUGCAGCAGCUGGCCGGGCAGUCCGUGUUUUCAGAUCCUUCAGUCCCACGUUCAUCGUCCUUAGAAGAUGAUGGCUUGGUAGAGCUGCUAUGGAGGUUGCAGCCCCUUGAGGCAAAGUGGUUCGUGCGAAUUAUUCUAAAAGACUUGAAGACAAUCUCGAUCGAUGAGGACGCGAUAUUCCAGGGUUUCCAUUUUUUACUUCGAGACCUGCUCAACUUUCAGCGAAACCUUGGAGCUGCAGUCAAUCUGCUGAAAACCGAAUUUCGAGAAUAUCCAGAAUGUCCUGAUCCGGCUUCGGCGAGGUUAUUUCGAAGAAGUGCAGCGGAAAAGCUGGCGCCUGUCGUCGGAAUCAAGGUUAGCAGACCGAACUUCGUCAAGGCCCGCGGGAUUGAUCACUGCCUGUCAAUUAUUGGCUCGAAGAAGUGGGUAGCGGAACGAACAUAUGACGGCGAAUACUGCGAGGUGCACAUUGACCUCCAGAAUUACACUCGAGCAGAACCAACGUCUUGUAUUAAGAUAUUCUCAAAAAGUGGCAAGGACUCCACGGCCGACAGGAUUGGACUACAUCAAACUAUCAUGGAUACGCUCAGUAUUGGAAAGCCAAACUGUUAUUUCAAGCGUCGCGCAAUCAUCCUGGGAGAGAUGGUAGUGUUCUCGGAUUCUCAAAAUUGCAUUCUACCAUUCGAGAGGAUUCGCAAUCAUGUCAGCCGCUCGGGCCGAUACAUUGGCAAUCAGGCCGACUCGCCACCAUCGCAGGAUGAUCGUCUGGCUAUCGUUCUUUUUGACUUACUACUCUUGGACGACGAAGUUGUGAUGAAACGGCCAGUCGAUGAGCGACGCAGACGGCUUCGAGAAGUAUGUCGUGCAAUACCUGGCAGGGCUCUACGCGCAGAGUGGACGAUCAUUGAUUUCAAUGAGAGCGAAAAAGCUAAACGCCGUCUAAUUGAGCAAUUUGCCAUGUCUAUCACACGGCGCCACGAAGGUCUCGUAUUGAAGCCUUGCGACGGACCUUAUAUUACUUUAUCGGCGCAUCACCACCAUGGCUACAUUAAGCUCAAGAAGGAUUUGAUGGGCAUGGGCGACGAGGCAGAUUUUGCUGUCAUUGGAGCUUCAUAUAAUGCUCAACUAGCAGCUGCAAGUCCCGUCAAGGAUCUCACAUACACCACAUUCCACCUUGGCUGUCUCGUGAAUAAGAGCGACGUGAGACGAUUCCAGGCCCGCCCGAAGUAUCAACGCAUGGGUUCGAUCAGCUGCGACGGGCAUUGCGUUCCGCAGGACGUCCUCGAAACGUGCAAUACACUCGGUCGAUUCUCCGCAGCACCUUUCAACCUCGACGAUCCUGAGCGCAGCUUCGAUCUGACCUCACCCCAUACGAACCCGGUGAUGGAUGUAGUCUUCAGCACACCGUUCAUCUUCGAAGUCGUCGGCUCUAAAUUCGCCAAACCGCCCGGGAGCAAUUUCUUCAUGCUGAUAUUCCCACGCGUGACCAAAUUGCAUCGGGAUCGCACCAUACUCGAUUGCCCGUCAUUCCAAGAACUGCAAGAGCAAGCGGAGACUUCAUGCGCUGUGCCUGAAGCGGAGUCACAAGAGACCCGCGAGUGG